CCACCAUCUGGUGGAUGUCCAGAAGGUGUGAUCCCGUUCGCAGAAAUUGCCAAAAGGGGAAAACGGCGGCUUAUCGAUUGAACUGAUAAAGAAGAGCAUUUAAGAGGCCAGAUGUGCGAGGUCAAAACAAAACAAAACAAAAAAGUAUCACACGACCGUGUACCACAAGAGAACAGUCGCGCGCAUCAGUACCAGUCCCCGCGCAUUGGACCGCUCAUUAACAGGAAUACCAAGACAUGCUGCUUGUCUUUUUUCUCAGUGCGUGCUGGAUCGGCCUCGUAUUGGCCGACUCCGGACCACACCUGGCCAAUGACUGGGGAGAAUCUGUCCGCCUGAGGCACCUGUACGCGGCAAGACCCGGUCUGCAUCUGCAGAUCAGCAAAGACGGGAAGAUCGGAGGAUCGCACGUGCAGAGCUCGCACAGUUUGGUGGAGAUUCGCACCAUCGACACGGGCUGUGUAGUUAUUAAAGGUGUCGCGAGCUCACUGUAUCUCUGCAUGGAAGCCAACGGCAAGCUAUAUGGCUCAGACAUUUACAUAAAGGAGGACUGCUCUUUUCUCGAACAAAUUAUGCCAGAUGGCUACAACAUCUACUUCUCGGGCAAACACGGGACAUUCGUGAGCUUGGGUGGUGGGAAGAACCGACGUCAAAACGCUCUCUCACAGUUCCUGCCCUUGCUCAAUACUCUGCCACAGGAGCCAACAGAGUACAACGUGAGAAAUGUGCAUUCUCUAGUUGACCCAGAACAGGAUCUUCACCUAGGCGUACAAGUGGACAGCAUGGAAUCUUUUGGAAGGAUCUCCCAGAUUGUCAUUCAAAGCCCAAGUUUCAACAAAAGAUGAGCAGAGUUCAAAGUCUCCAAAGUUGUGACUCAGUUCAGUCUGUUAUGCAGAGGCAAGGGGCUGAACGGAACCAGCCUGGUCUGAAAGCAGAGCCCAGAUGAACAGACAGAACUUACAAACUGUCAGGAUCAGGUUUCUGGAAGAUCAAUCUUUACCCCAGGUUGUGUGGGCGGAUCCACAAAAUAUGCUUCAAAGUAGUACUUUACUACUACUUCACAUUGUAGAUCACUCCAAGGCUCAGAGAAAAGUUUGAGCAGCUCAUUAGUUUAUUUAUUCCCUGGCAUGCCACAGUAAAUGCUUUUUCUUUCUUUCUUUCUUUCUUUCUUUCUUUCUUUCUUUCUUUCUUUCUUUCUUUCUUUCUUUCUUUCUUUCUUUCUUUCUUUCUUUCUUUCUAAUGUGCACUUGUACCAUCUGAACUGUAAUCCUUAUAGACUGCAUUUUAUAUUCGUUAUAUUUAUAGUAGGCUGUACUUUUUUAACUACUUUUUUAGACACAUAUGUUUAUUUCUGAUAAAGUCCGAUAAAUUUCAUUAUGAAACCUUAAUGGUUUUUUGUCAAACAAGCUUGUGAUUCAAAAUCAUGCUAAUCUCACACUAUUUGUCAUGGAAUAUAAAUGAAAAUAAUGAUGGAAAUACAGUAUUCAGGGUCACAAAUCGAAAGAAAUGUAUAAUGCAUAUGUACAAAUAAA